GGAGGGGGGGGGGGGCGGACGCAUGCUGCGUCACCAUGGUUACCAUACCAGACGGAGCCAUUGCCAUAGCAGCAGGCCGGGGGCCCAGAAGCAGCCAAAACAAAUGGAAGAAAAUGUUUCAUGGCCAGUUUCCAAAAACAGGUGCAGCAUCGUGUGUCAGGACAGAUAAUGGCUCUGAAGAUGAACAUCCUGGCCAGCAACAGAGCCAACAUGCUCAGGGAGGUCCAGCUCAUGAACAGACUAUCGCACCCCAACAUACUCAGGUUUAUAGGAGUGUGUGUCCACGAGGGCCAGCUCCACGCCCUCACAGAGUACAUCAACGGAGGUAACUUGGAGCAGCUGUUGGGCAGCGACAUGUACCUGUCGUGGAGCGUGCGGAUAAACCUGGCGCAGGACGUCGCCCGGGGACUGCAGUACCUGCACAGCAAGGGCAUCUUCCACAGGGACCUCACCUCCAAGAACUGCCUGGUGCGCUGGGAGGGCCGCGUGUGCUCAGCCGUGGUGGGAGACUUUGGCCUGGCGGAGAAAAUCCCAGAUUACAGUGAGGAAGAGGACCAGGAGCCGCUGGCUGUCGUCGGCUCCCCCUACUGGAUGGCCCCGGAGGUGCUCAGAGGAGAGGUGUAUAAUGAGAAGGUGGACGUGUUUGCGUACGGGAUCAUCCUGUGUGAGACUAUUGCGAGGAUACAGGCCGACCCCGACAUCCUGCCGCGCACUGAGGACUUUGGUCUGGAUGUGGAGACCUUUCAGCAGAUGGUGGGAGAUUGUCCUCCUCACUUUCUGGAACUGGCCAUCGCCUGCUGUAAUAUGAAUUCAAAGCUCCGUCCGUCCUUCUCCCAAAUCGUGGUGGAGCUGGAGAGAAGACGGGCUGAGAGAAAAGAGAAAGACGAACCAACACUCAAAGCCGCUUCUCCAACGAUUGGCCCUCUACGAAGGCGAUCGCUCUGCCUCCCGUCAGAUCCUCGUCUCUCACGAAGCAAAUCUGACAUGCUCCACCCCCCAGACACGCCGCCCUCUGUGACCAUGUCAAUCCCGGCUCGGGUCAACCCCUUCUCUCAGAGGGAGGACCUCAAAGGAGGCAAGAUCAAGCUGUUCGACACCCCCAGCAAGUCCGUCAUCUCCCUCACCUUCACCCUGCCCCCUCCACCAGACUGCGACGACCCUUCUGCGUCCGAGGAAGACGGCGCGCUACCAAGGAGGCACAGGCGCUGCCACUCGCUGCCGUGUACGCCCCCUCCGCACCUCGUAUCGGCGCCGAAAACCGUCCUGACCGAGGAGGAGUCCACCUCUGAAGUAGACACUGUAAACAGUGAGACAAACAGAGAGAGUGAAGAAGAGAAGGAGAUCAGGGAGGGGAGUGGGAAUGAUUCAGGUCUGCCUCUGUCCCUUAAACCCAUGUCGCUGGACCAAGAGGAGGGGGGGGAGGAGGAGGAGGAGGAGGGGGGGGAGCCCAUGGACUGUGCCAGCUCCCCAGACACACAAGACAGCACUUCAUCUCCUUACUCCAAACUCUCCCCUCAUCCGUCCCACUCGUCAACUCCCAUCCAACCCUCCACCCCUCCCUACUCAAACGGCUGGGGGUCAGCCAUCUCCAACGGGCCCCCGUGCCUGCCUCCCCUCUCUCAUUUGGACAACAACAACGUGGUCGUGAGUCGACCCUUGAGCAACAACAACGGCUACCACUCUCCUCCCAGCGACCCCGGCGAGUCGUCCCCAUACGGCUCCGGCAGCGGACACUCCCUGGACCAGGAGGAGGUGGUGUCCUGUCCCGGCUGCUGCCUCGCUGGCCUCCGCUUCCCCUCCAUGUGUCUCAGAGCUCCACCGCGCAGAAACCCUUACAAGAACUUGAACGGGGACCACGCAGCCUCACGUGGGCUGCUUUGUCCGGGGCCCAAGGACAUGCCCCCUUCUCCUACCCCCACCACCACCACCACCAGCCUGGAGCCAGGACUCGCCUUGCCGGGGGCACAGACAUAAACUUCUCCAACACCAAGUGUGGAAACUCUGCACCAAAAGCUCUCCCCUGGGAAUUAAGUGGGUCUUCUUCAAAUUUGCACAGAUUUUAACUUAGCAAUACCCCGCUUGUUUUCUACACACACGUUGUGGUGCAGAUCGGUUUAUUAAAACACACUCCAGACGUUCUCCAUGAAGGCUGUGGGACACAGGAACUGGUGUCUUUGCUGGCGAACUUGUUGCACGUCGCCCUCUGCUGGGCUGAGGGCGACGUGCACAUCUGACUGAUGAACGACAGCGUCCAGACGUGUUGAGCAUGUAAACAGUUUCCUGUAUAUCCACACGUGUAAAGACUCUUAUGACUGAUAUCGAUGCUGAAAUGAGGAAUGUUAAGCUUAAGUAUUAUUAUUACUGCUGCAAUGACUUUUUGAUGUUUGGUGCUGUUUCUGAAUGAACAGGCAGUUUUUGCUUUAUCGUCUUUAAUUAUCAAACGGGUGUAUGGUGCACUGCUGGGCUGUGUGUUUGUGUAACAUGGAUAUAUAUGUGUGUGUGAGAGAGAGGAAAGGUAAGAGUGUGUGCUGUACACCGUUCUUUUUGACCUUUUUUGUUUUGUUUUGUUGCUGCACAGGAAUUAUUAUUAUUAUUAUUAUUAUUAUUAUUACUUUUGGAAAUGAAUGGUCUAAGACCUGCUUAUGAGAUGUAAAGAUUCUUAUUAUUUAAAGAUGGAAUUGAAUAAAAAGAUAGUUCUAUGGAUUACCGUGA